CAAUUACGAUAACUGCGUAUUUCGUUACUGUUCAAAAUGGCAGACGGAACCCCCAAGAACGAUUCGGUCGCCGAGACACCGCAAAUCACAACAUCGGCCGACGCUUCCACCAACGGACUCCCAGCGCAAACGGAAGCUCUACAGAAAGAUGUCGUGAUGUCUGAUGCGCCUGCCGAUCAACCUGCUUCAUCCCCCGCCCCAGUCGCUCAUGCGCCGAGCCCAGCACCCGCACGAACUGGAACUCCAGCACAAGGAUCUAGAGCUGCUUCUGCUCAUCCAGAUGCUGGCCUCACCAUACCCGCCGAAGCUAUCCCGCAUGGCGAUUCGGCACGACGAUACCUCAACACAAAGGUCACUGGAGUGCUGCUGGAGGGUAUGAAGCAAUUGGCAAAAGACCAACCAAGCGAUCCUCUUCGAGUACUAGGAGAGUACCUUAUCCAAAAAUCAAAGGAGCUGGAAGGUACUGGUUAGAUGGCGAAAUGUCAAAUGGCAUGUUGUAUGAAGCAAAGCAAUUCGUAGCGACAGGCAUAGAUGGCGUUCAGGUUU